UGCACAUACCACCUAAGGUUGCUCAGUAUCUUGUGGCUGAGGUAGAUGGCCCAUUUUAGAUAAGGGACUUGGCACGGAUGCGAUAAGAUCCACUCUAGCCAUCUAGAAUCAUCAAUCCAUUCCCUUUCUACUUUUCAACAUCUUUAAGAGCGACGCCUUAGACCAUAAGGCGGAUAACGCAGCGAGUCUUUUCAUAUCACCAUACAAACCCUACAAAAUGGCUCCCGGGAAUAUCAACGUCUUCGUAACAACCUUCUCGGGCUUAGGCCUACCUCCUACUCUAUCUCUUCCUAUCCCUUCAACCGCAACUCUUUCAGACCUUCACCAUCGCAUCGAGGACCGACUACCGCAAAUCGAUUCGCGACUUAUUCUGACUACCAUAUCAAACAAACAAAUCCUCUCUAAUUCUAGAGAUUUAGUCUCUACUCUCUGCGACUCCGAUGAUGCAUUCUUAUCUCUACGAUUAUCAAUCCCGCUAUGUGGUGGCAAAGGUGGUUUCGGCUCCCAGCUCCGAGCAGCCGGUGGCCGAAUGUCUUCGAAAAAGAAGAGGAACCGCGGCGACGAAAACGCAUCUAGCAGGAAUCUAGAUGGGCGCCGAAUAAGAACAGUUAAUGAGGCUAAGGCGUUGGCUGAAUACCUAGCCAUCAAACCUGAGAUGGAGCAAAAGGAAAAGGAAAAGCGACGCGCGCGCUGGCAGCAGAUCGUCGACGCCGCGGAUGAGAGGGAGCACGAGAUUAAGAACAGCACCAAGGGCCGCUUAGAUGGCAAGUGGGUUGAGGACAAAGAAGAAGCUAGCGAGCGAACGCGCGAGGCAGUUCUCGCUGCUAUAAAGGCAGGAAACUACAAAGACAAUAUGCUCGGCACAUCGCACGGUUCUGCCUCCACGGAGGAUAUGGACGAAGACUCAAGCGAAGGAGAAGAUUCUGAGGAGUCAAGCGGCUCUAAGGCUCCAACUCGGCCAACGAAUACCAAGUCAAAGAAUAUCACGUCGAAGAAGCCCGUCACGAGAGCGUUCGCCGGAUUUGACGAAGAUGACGAGUUUAUGAGUUCUUCAGAUGAGGACGAGGAGAAGAAAUAAGGAAACAAGAGCAUGUUACUAAUGAUACCCCCAAAAAGACGAGAUAAUCAAGACCUACCCCCGGGUCAACUACCUAGGCCCCUAUACUUCACCUUGAUUCUUUACACCAGCCAUCCUAUUAAUGCCAAUCAGGUAUGUGUAUGUAGUUGAGUUUAAGGAGCGUGCUUUAGCCAUUAAUCGUCGUUAUGUACCUGGGCUCGUAUUUCAUGUGCUUGUAACCUCAUUUACAUAUAGGAGGUAUGGAGGUUCGAAGCAGCACUACGAUCAUGAGAAUGACAAGAGUAUCGUGAUUACACAGAAACCUGUGCCGAUGCUUGGGAUGCUAGCUUCGUCAAACUAUCCCCACGAGAUAUCUAGCUUAUAGACAAGACUUAAUCAAAACACAACCAAAUAUACGCUACCCAAAGACUCAG